CUUCAUUACCUCUCAACUGGACCCAGGAGAGCAGAAGACAUCUUCACCAGGGGGCGGUUGUUAGCUCUGGAGACCAUGUUUACGCUGUGUACAUUUCUCGCGCUCUUCCUGGGCACGGUCUACUGUCAGUUCCCGAGGUUAUGUACGACAAGUGCAGCUCUUCGGUCAAAGACUUGCUGCCCACCGUGGCAGGAUCGCAGCCCCUGUGGAUCACGAUCUGGCCGUGGCCAGUGCAGGGAAGGUGUGGUUUUUACGCCCCUGGCCGCCAGCCGAGCUCGCCAGUUUUACGAUGACCGAUUGGACUGGCCACGUUUUUACUACGACAGAACUUGUGAAUGUUUCGGAAACUACAGCGGCUUUAACUGCGGCCGGUGUAAGUAUGGCUACUACGGCGACAAGUGCGAUCGCAAAAAGACUGUGAUCCGAAAAGAGAUCCGCCAGCUCUCGUUUCUGGAAAGGAAGAGGUUUUUUAGUUACUUAGCCUUGGCGAAAACCACAAAAAGUGACGAUUUUGUCAUCCUGUCCACGGGGGACAGACACCUCCGGGACACGUACCACUUCGUGGACGCCUCCAUUUACGAUAUGUUUGCCUGGAUCCAUUAUUACUCCAUGAAGCCCAUUCUACUCAACGGCACAUUUGAUUUUAACAGAAACUACGCCCAUCAAGGUCCGGCCUUCCCCGGCUGGCAUCGUUUGGGUCUCAUGUUCUUGGAGGGGGAAAUUCAGCGCCUGACGGGCGAUGAAUAUUUCGCCCUUCCUUACUAUGACUGGAGAGGAGAAAAGAACUGCUCCAUCUGCACCAAUGAAUUUUUUGGCGCAAGCAAUGCACAAGGUUUCCUGGACGAUGACUCCCACUUCGCAUUUUGGAAAUCUAUUUGCAGCGGGUUCGAUUAUCCUGAUGCCUAUUGCCAAACUGCUGGGGACCAGUGCCAGAUGGAGAGACUCCACAGGAAGCCGGGUUCAGAUCCCCGGGUAAAAAGUUUCCCCACCUUCCAGAAUGUAGAGGAUACCCUGAAAUGGAGAGACUUCGAUACAUUCCCCUACAAUACUAGUGCACGGAGGAGCUUCCGAAACGCUUUUGAAGGUUUCCUGAGAGCAUCGGAUGGGAUAACACUGGAGCGCAAUAUGCACAAUGCGGUUCACAUUUAUUUGGGGGGAACGAUGGCUCAGGUCCCCAUCUCCUCCAACGACCCCAUAUUCCUGAUGCAUCACGGCUUCAUUGACAAGAUAUAUGAAGCAUGGCUGCAGAAAUAUAAAGCGACCCCAGCCGACUACCCAGAAAAUGAUGAGCCCGGACAGGGCCCCAAUGAAUGUACCACCCCGUACUUUCCAUGUUAUAGGAACAAGGAUUUUCUGAGCAGUUCUACUAAGCUGGGAUACGUGUACUCUGAGUAUCAGGGGAUGUAAGGUAUCCCCCUUAAAGGGAAUGUCUUUGUAGCAAUGCUUGGUGUUGUUCUUGCCUUCUUGUAAGUUUUCCUGUUACUGUAUCCUCCCUUCUGCUGCCAUAUGUCCUGCUCCUGGGAUAGAGGAGCAUUUUAAGGACGGUAGUUGCCCAGUUUUUACCUCUUGGUAAUUAGUCUCCCUAUGCAGGGACUCGUCCCCUGCUCCUGUGUCACUAUGAACACAACUUCUUCCAUGAUGAGUCCCACUUUGCAUUUUGGAAAGUGAUUAUUAUUAAUCUUUGCUUAUUAUGUACUCACAUAUGCCUGCCAACUGUUGCAAAACUACAACUCCCAGCAUGCCUGAACAGCCUUCAGCAGGGCAUGGUGGGAGUUGUAGUUUUACAACAGCUGGUUGAGCAUUCCUGUUCUAGGCACAUCCAGAGCUGCAUUCAUAAUUCUGCUAGUUCUAGCAAUUCAGGUUCAUACCCCAAAGUAGUCCCCUUCUGGUUCAGUGUCUAUGUAUUGUACUGCAUUGCUGGAGAUAUAGGGUUCACUCCAGGUCCCAGAUAUAACAGCCUGACCUAAAAGGUAAGCUCCUGGGACCUAAUACAAAUCAGUACCAGGGUCCCCACCCCACAUGCCAUUUUUAAUACUGGUGUCUUGUAAUGUGGCAGAGAAGCCUUUGGGUCUACUCAGGCAUCAGGACCUAGGUGCUUCUCCUGCUUCUGCAUCCCCUAUAGCUAUGUCUGAUAUGAUAUACUUGUCCCAUAAUGAUCUGCUGCAGCUGCGCAUGCUAGUGAAAAGAUUCAGAAAUUUGAACGCAGCUUUGGAUGUGACUAGAGUAUGAGACAUGAAUCAAAUCAGAGGAAGGGUAUUCCGACUGUGGUCACGAAUGGCUGAGAAUGGGAAUAAUACCCAUUUAAGAAGCCAAAGAAAAGAACUUUUAUGUGGAGGAGGAAAGCAAAUCAUAUAAUAGGUGCAGUUAAACUUGCAGGAGGGCGCAAGAAAACAAGGCAAGCGCUUCUAAAGAACCACGAGAUGGUCCGAAGUAAUAUCACAUUAUAAUAUAUAAAUGAAUCAUAUAUCUGUAUGCAGUCUACAGAUCACAUUGCACGUGCAUCUACCUCUAGCUAUCAUUUUCUGAUGUCUGAUUUUGGCUUCCCACUACAGAAGUUGGCCAGAUUGCAAUACGAUUAUCCCCAGUCUGAUGGGAGUUAUAGUCUCUAUACGGAUAUUAGAAACAAUGAGAAUGCUGGGAUUACACUAGGGUUAAUGAGGCCGCGCUGUCCUAUUACGGCUGCUCAUGAUCGUCUGGUCACAGAUUGCUUGGAUAAUGGACUUUACCUUCUCGGUUACAUUAAGUAGAUGAGGGGACAAUGGUUGCCAUUUCCCCAAAUACCAUAGAGGAGUGCCCCCCCCCCCUCCAGAGGUCACAGGUCACUGCAAUCAUCCUAAUUGUGGUGUGUUUUGUAAAUAUCGGCAGUUACAUUGUAUCUGUCCUGCCUCUUCCUUUAUGUAGUGACUAAGGCUACUUUCACACUUGGGUUUUUCUUUUCUGGCACCGAGUUCCCUCAUAGGGGCUCAAUACCAGAAAAGAACUCAUCAGUUUCAUCCCCAUGCGUGCGCAGACCAGUCAAAAAAAUAA